AUGUCAGAACUAGAACAAAUCCCGGCAUCAGUUUCAGAAGUUGAUCUUUCACAAGAGGCUCCUCCAUAUGAAGAGGCUACUGCCGCUGCAGGAGCCACCACCAGCAACGACACCGAAUCCAGUCCUUCAUCUCCCACCAAACCCAAGAAGAAAUCAGUUGGAUUUGCUCCACCACCAGAAGAAGAUUUACGUGAAUACCACAAGUAUUUGAAGCAAAAAGAAGAAGCAGAAUUGAAAUCAUCUCCCUUUCAUAAAAUCCCUCCUGAACUUGCUUACUUGGAAAAGAAAAAUAAACAAGCUCCACCAAAGCCGAUAGAUCAAACACCAAAACAGGCUAAACCAAAUAGUAGAUUGAGAUUAUCCGAUUUACCUGAUUUGAGUAAAUUGAAAUUUUUUGAUGUCAAAGAUCUUUCUGUACAGAAUAAGGAGACUGAAUUACAAUUUCAUUACACAACCAUUGAUUUACCACCAUCUUCAGGAAGUGUUAUUGUUGACAUUAAAUAUGGAUCUUUGAACUCAUUCGAUUUGAGUAAAGUUAAUCAGUACUUGUUGAAUAUGAGUAAUGUGAAGGUGGUGUUGGGUUAUGAGUUUGCCGGUGUCGUAACCAAUGUUGGAUCCUCGAUGCAAAAGAAAUAUGCAGUGGGUGAUUAUGUGUUUGGAUUGAUUGACCCUACUUCGAGAAGGGGUGCAUUGUCAUCUAGUCAAAUCAUCUAUCCUGGUAGAGAUGUGUUGGUUAGAGUUGAUGAAGGGGUCUUGGAUCAGUUGGAAGACAUUGAUAUUGAUUUGGAUGCAAAUGAUGACAACAAGGCAUUUGAAGUAGGAGAAGAGGAAGGUGAAGAGGAGAAUGCAGAUGUAGCAAAGUCAUUAGAAACAUCUCAGCCAACUGAACCAACGAAAGAAUCUGCCACCGACUCCAAUAUUGGUGAACCAGCACUUAAAACGAGCAGACUGACAUUAGAGUCUAAGAAGGUAGAUUUGCCAUCAUUGGCCAAAUUAUCUGCCAUUUCCUUACUUUAUAAUCGAGCAAAACAAAUGCUUCAACUGUUGAAUACCAGGAACAAGAAAGUCAACAUCUUAAUAAAUGGUGCAGACACUGAUAUUGGGUUGACUAUUAUACAGGUGCUUUUGGCAGAAUAUCAAUUUGAAUUCUUGAGCCUUAUUCUCGUUAUUCGAGAAAAGUCACUUGAUUACAUGGAUAAAUUGAUUGCUCGAUUUGAAAAAAAGUAUUAUGACCCAUCAACAAUUAAACGAUUAAAGUGCAUUCCAUUUGAUGUUGUGAAUGAUGGGCUUUAUUUCCCUGGUGAAAAAGUUCCUAUAAGUUAUAAAAAACCCGAUUUCUUUGCUACUGAAGUUAUUGAUGCUUUGUUAAUACCCCAUAGUAAUGAACUCAUUGAUAAAUCGAAUGUCAGUGACUACAAGUUGGACUUGUUUAUUGAUUUAAUUGGAUGCAAAAAGUAUUUCCAAUCGACAUCAACCAAGUUGCAUGAAAUUGAAACGCUAAACUUGCCAUUCAAACAACAUAUUUCUACAUCAAUUGAAAAUUUAUUUGAUGCUAACACAAAGGAACCUUUCCUUACUCGUAUUCUUAAGCCCAAGAAAUUAGGAUCGGCUGUAGUUAGUGGAUGUAAAUUUACACUAAAGGAACCAAGUUAUAAUAUUGACAAAUUGAUAGAUUUUAGUGAACAAGGUGUGUUGAAUCCAUGGACUAGUAAAUGGUCAAGUAAUAUUUUGAAUAAUUGGACAUCUUAUAAUUACUACGAAGAAAUUUAUUUGAAGAUUAAACAAAAGUGGGCCGAACAAGCACUUCAAUUGGUUCUUGAUGAUAAAUUGAAAUUUAAGAUUGAUAAAGUUGUGGAUUGGAGAAAAGAUUAUAAAAAAUAUGUAAAAGCAUUGAAAGAGAAUGAUGGAAAGAUAAUUCUCGAAGUGGAAGAAUUCUGA